AUGGCCUGGGUCGGGUGCCUGCUGUGUGUCUGCGUGAGCCUCUGCUUUCACCCGUGCCUCGGGGUGCCCCCCCAGCACCGCGGCUGGCUCCGCCUGUGGGAGGAGGGGGAGGGCUGCGGGGAGUGCGAGAGGGACCGCUGCCCUCCGGCGCCCCCUAGCUGCCCGGCGGGGCUGGUGAAGGACAGCUGCGGGUGCUGUGAGCAGUGCGGCAACGCCGAGGGCCAGCCGUGCGACCCGGACGGGGCCCAGGCCUUCUAUGGCCACUGCGGGGAGGGGCUGCGCUGCCAGAGGCAAAGGAGGCGAGCCCGCGUGGCGGACGACCCCGAGCCCAAGUGCGUCUGCCUGUCCCAGGGGCCCGUGUGCGGGUCCGACAGACGCACCUACCCCAACCUGUGCCGCCUGCAAGAAGUGGCCAACCAGAAAGACCCCACCCUGCGGUUAGCUGGAGACGGGCCGUGCUACUCUGUUCCCCGUAUCUCCCGAGCCCCGAAGGACAUGAUAAACCACACAGGAAAUGACAUCGUGUUCAGCUGUGAAGUCUCUGCCUUCCCCUUGCCUAACCUGAGCUGGAAGAAGCAGGGCAGCGACAACUUCCUGCCGGGAGACGAUCCCCACAUCUCUGUCCAGGCGCGUGGAGGCCCCGAGAGGUACACGGUGUCCACCUGGCUGCAGAUUGAAGGCCUGCGCCUUUCCGACGCCGGGGUCUACUCCUGCAUUUCCCACAACGCACUGGGAGAGACCACCGCCUCAGCUCGCCUCACGGUGCUCAGACAGGUGAAGGAACUGUACGAUGGCUACCUGGAACAGGAAGGCGGCUAUUUCUAUGACGACACCGAGGAGAGCGGCGACGACAGGGAGCCUGAGUCGGGGGACAGCCUUGAAUAG